AUGGUGGAUAUCCUGCUCAAUACUUCUUUCUUGGAUGAUAUGGGGGAUCAUUCAAAAAAGAAGUCGGGAAUCGCAAUGUGUGUGGGCUGUGGAAGUCAGAUACACGACCAGUACAUCCUGAGAGUCUCCCCGGACCUGGAGUGGCAUGCAGCCUGCCUAAAGUGCGCAGAGUGCAGCCAGUACCUGGACGAGACCUGCACUUGUUUCGUCCGAGACGGAAAGACUUACUGUAAAAGAGAUUAUGUAAGGCUAUUUGGCAUCAAAUGUGCAAAGUGUAACAUGGGCUUCUGCAGCAGCGACCUGGUGAUGAGAGCCCGGGACAAUGUGUAUCACAUGGAGUGUUUUCGGUGCUCGGUGUGUAGCCGACACCUCCUGCCGGGGGACGAGUUCUCCCUGCGGGAUGACGAGCUGCUGUGUCGGGCGGAUCACGGCUUGCUGGUGGAUCGGGCCUCUGCAGGGAGCCCGCUAAGCCCCGGGAACAUUCACUCCAGACCGCUGCACAUCUCAGAAUCAGUUUCGGUUCGGCAUCCUCCUCAUCACCGGAACCACGUCCACAAGCAGUCCGAGAAGACCACCCGGAUCCGGACAGUGCUGAAUGAGAAGCAGCUCCACACCCUAAGGACCUGCUACAACGCCAACCCGAGGCCGGACGCUCUGAUGAAGGAGCAGCUGGUGGAGAUGACCGGCCUGAGCCCCAGGGUCAUCCGCGUUUGGUUUCAGAACAAACGUUGCAAAGACAAGAAGAAGUCCAUCCUGGUGAAGCAGCUCCAGCAGCAGCAGCACAGCGACAAAACUAAUCUGCAGGGCCUGACAGGCACACCUCUGGUGGCAGGCAGCCCGAUCCGCCACGACAACACCGUGCAGGGGAAUCCUGUGGAGGUGCAAACAUACCAGCCACCGUGGAAAACCCUCAGCGACUUCGCCCUGCAGAGCGACCUGGACCAGCCCGCCUUCCAACAGCUGGUGUCUUUCUCUGAGUCGGGCUCGCUGGGCAACUCCUCGGGCAGUGACGUGACCUCCCUGUCGUCGCAGUUACCGGACACACCGAACAGUAUGGUGCCAAGUCCAGUGGACACGUGAGGAGGCUUCCUCAACCACCCUCCCAUCCCUCACUGA